GAUCAAGAUGUCACUAGAGUGAAGUCACAGUCACAUGACAGCCUCCCAUGUAGUGGCUAUAGAAAAAAUAUUUUAAAGGGCAACGAUUUUAUCGUUUUCUAAAUGGUCUAUCCAUCUUCCUGGAUGCUCUAGCUUUAAUUUGAGUCGUAUUUCGUCAAAAUCUGUGCAGUGGAACUUAAGAUUUUUGUUCGUGUCAACUAAAGGCGACCGUGAGCCAAUACAAAUGGUUGUUGUUAUCAAGGAGUGACAAGUACUCAUCUUGCAUCGAUACGAUUUCGUGACAUAACUUACGAAAAAGAUCAACACUUGAUCAUUUUACAACAGAUGCCAAGUGUUAAAGAUGAAUCAGAACCUGAAGGUGAAGAAAUGUCUCACGAUAGCAACGAAAGUAAUCAAAGCUCAGUGUCAUGUGAUAGCAGUGCGGAACACAGUGACAGCGAUGACUCGUCUGAGAUGGAUGAGGAUGAGUGCGAGAGAAGACGAAAUGAGUGCAUGGAAAACUUAGUCGACCUAGAGAGACAGUUCACUCUUCUCAAGGAACAGUUAUACCGUGAGAGAAUCACUCAAGUGGAUACUAAAUUGGGCGAGGUUCGAGUCGGAAAGUCAGAAGAAUAUCUGGUACCAUUGGAACGAUUGAAGGAAAACAUGAAAACCAAAACAGAAGUAGCUGGAAUAUUGAAACAAUACAGACUACAAAAUAUACAGAAUAAGUUUCUAGCAGAGGAGCAGGCUGCUUUACAGAAUUUCGAGAGCGAGAAGGAGUUGAUAUGGGACUGUAUUCAUAACGAUUUGCAAGAGAAAAUACGUAGAUUAGAAGAAGAUAGGAAUAAUGUCGACAUCCACGCUGAUUUAUGGUUGAAUUCGAAUGGUAGAAGGCGCAGGAAUCAUACCGAGAGAAGGAGAGCCGUUUCAGUCGCUGGACCUUACAUCGUUUAUAUGUUAAACGAUGCGGAUAUCCUCGAGGAUUGGGCGCUGAUCAAGAAAAGUCUAAGCAGUCGGAAAACAGAAAUAAUUUAAUACUCUAGGCUAGGUAGAUUCCAAGACGACUGCAAUGACGUUAAUGUAUCGCCCUUUUAUGAAUGUAAAAUACUUGCGAGAAGUAUUAGAGCGAUCAUUACCUUCAUUUAGCACUUUCUAUACGUUUAUAAUGCAUAUAUAGGGUGCCUUCGGUAAAAUUUUGAUCUCUCAAAUUGUUUUAGUUAACGAAUCAUGAAAAUAUUUAACAACAGCAUGUCCAUAUAUUUCCGUAGGAAAUUCGUAACUGAUUAUCCUUAGUUAUAAAGAUAAUUCAAUGUGAAACGAAAUGAUUACUUAAAACAACAUGAAAGUAACAUAGAUUUCGUCAAAUAGAAUUUGAUGUGUCUUCUCUAUUUAAAAUGCAAUUCAAAAUUUUGUUUAUAUAUUCGGGGAGAGGAUAUUAUGUUUAAACUUUUAUCGACGGUGUGUCGUUCUACGUGUACAAAUUGUAUCAUAAUCAUUGAAUACAUUUCAUAUUUUUGAAUAAACUUACAACGGCAAUAA